GUAAAAACUCAGCGUAAUUACUUCUGCAAUAUCCCAACGUUCGCUUAAAAAUGACCAACGAGAUUUCAAAGAAGAAAGGCAAGAGUUCAGGCGAGAAAAAGGUGAAAAGAAAAGCUAAAAGAAGGGAGACCUACGCUAUGUACAUCUAUAAAGUUCUAAAACAGGUUCAUCCGGACACAGGCAUUUCUAGCCGCGCCAUGAGUAUAAUGAACUCCUUCGUGAACGACCUGUUCGAGCGAAUCGCCACCGAAGCUUCUCGCCUUGCGCAGUACAACAAGCGCUCCACCAUCACCAGCAGGGAGGUGCAGACCGCCGUCAGACUGCUGCUGCCCGGGGAGCUGGCCAAGCACGCCGUGUCCGAGGGCACCAAGGCAGUGACGAAGUACACCAGCUCCAAGUGAAUAUUCCAGCUGAAAUCUGCCUUUUUUGUCUUGUUUUUGU